GUUAUCGGAAAACAUCAAACACAACGACAGAAGUAAAAUCCUUCUGACAGGGAAAGUAAAAAGCGAGAGAAAUGGGGAGCAAGAGCAAUCUCAUAAGAGACAUCACCAAGCGCUGCCUAGAACACCUCGGCGGCUAUGGCUCCACGGAAGCGCCGUUCCUCUCCAACCAGCAUCAACAAUGGCGAUCCUACGCAGCUCACUCUUUUCACCGAUUGUCCAAACCCAGAGCUUCCAAAUUCCCAAAUCUUCUCUCUUCAACAUUUUCUUCGCAUUCAUUCUCGUCGUCGACAUCAAAAACUACUGGAUUCGUCGGGUGGUACUUGGGCGUCCUCGAAUCACGCCCGCUUUUGACGAAAAGCAUCUCCUCGUCUCUUAUUUAUGCAGCCGCCGACUUUACCUCCCAACUGAUCACAUCCCCAGCUUCUGGUUCACUUGACUCAAUAAGGACAUUGCGAAUGGCAGCAUAUGGGUUGCUAAUUUUAGGACCAUCACAACAUUUAUGGUUUAAUUCUAUGUCUGAAAUCUUGCCUAAGCGGGAUCUGCUCACAACCUUGAAGAAGAUUUUUAUGGGGCAAGCUAUAUAUGGACCUUGCAUCACUACUUGUUUCUUCUCGUAUAAUGCAGGUUUACAAGGUGAAAGUGGUGGUGAGAUAGUUGCCAGAUUGAAGCGAGACUUGCUCCCAACUUUGAUUAAUGGCGCGAUGUUUUGGCCUGUCUGUGAUUUUGUCACAUUUAAAUUUGUACCUGUUCAUCUACAGCCAUUGAUGAACAGUUCGUGUGCGUAUUUGUGGACCAUUUAUCUGACAUACAUGGCAAGUUUGAAAAAAGUGAGUGCAGAUUAGUGCUGGGAAUUUGAAUUGCAGUGAAAUUCAUACAGAAUUGUCCUCCAUUCUCUUUUUUCCCCAAGGAUUCAAUCUGAAGAGUAUUAAUCUUGUUGGACACCCCCCUUAUCACAUUUGAAUCUUAAUGUCUCCUGGUAAGUUUACGUCUGUUCCUAGGCAUCAUGUUUUGUUGUAUCUGAUGCUUAAAUUAAAUUCUUGGGGCAUAUUUAAUUAAUUCUUUAAGCUCAUAGAUUGAACUCUUGCAA